ACAAGCCUAAACAAAGAUGGCGAACGAAGGAGAAAACUACGCCAAAUUAAAAUAUUUUACUUUUCCGCUCGAGUUUGAUCCAAAAAAUUUUCCAAAUGAUAAAAUUUGUGUUGUAUCGGUACUUGGUAAAAGUAAGAACGGAGUGGUUAACAGUAAAGCAAUGUGUCUUCAGGAAUUACUUAAUCGUUGCAAUGAAGGGUUGACAUCUACACGUCUCGACUCAUCUUUUAAGAGUCAAAUAUCUGCAUUUUUCGAUGAAAAAUCAAAUGUUAUGUAUGUGCAUUUGCACUCUCCAUUGGACGCUGAUAAAUUACAACUGAUACUAAAGGAUAAUAAAGAAAUGUCAGAAAGGUCCUGCGGUAAAAACAUUACUAACAUGGCGCCAUUUCAUCGUAACAAAAGAAAAGCGUCACGUAACAAGCAAGAUUUCAAAUGGGACUUGAAGUUAGAUCCCGAUCUUAUCAAAUGGUUUGGAGCAGAUGAAGAAUUGGAGAAGAUCAAACGGGCGAGAAAAUUGAGCAAAAGUAAACAGAAUAUCGCUAUGAAUCUUCAUCUUCCACUCGGUGUUCAAAAUAGACCAUAUUCAAUGACGAUUGCUUAUUCGGAACUUAAUAAUGUGCUAAUCGAUGGUAAGGAGGUAACUUUGGAAACAUCUAAUAGAGGAAAUAGCAAUGAUAUUGACAGUAUUUACGAUGAAAAUUUGAAACCUUCGAAUAUUCCCAAUGAUGAAACAACUCUAUUUUGUCCGCUUCUAAAAGAGCUAAUGAAAAGUGAAAAGAUUAGCGAAUUAGUGUCAAAGUGUAAGGAGGAUAUAACAAGAUACGAAAGCUUGUUAAUCAGUUUGAAUAAAGAUAUACGAACAUUAGAAUUAGAACUUCGAACAACUAAUAUAACAAAAAUGACAAGUCAAGCGUCGAAACUUUUACAUUUGUCAAAUACUCGUUUGUCAUUUGUUUCAAAACCGUUUGUCAAAAUAUGGGAAAAGGCGGAAUAUGAAUUUUCUAAGGCCGCAUUAUGGUUGUUUUCUAUUAGUCAUAUACUUUUACUUACACAAGCGGCUUCAACGUUUGAUAUGUCUUACGUAAGAACUUUUCGGAUUGUCGACUCUUUAAGGAGAAAAUUGGGGUCAAUAGUAUCAGACGAAUUGAGUUCAAAGGAUAUUAGCAAAGAAUGGGCAAGUUCUGGUAGACUUUGUUCUCCUCGUGUUUUAUUUACAUUCGAAACUUGCAACAUCGACCAAUCGAAUUGGGAUAUAAACAAGGCUAGACACAAAGUUCCACCCUUGACACGACUUCAGCAUAAAAUGGAGGAUUAUAUUUAUGGACUACUUAGAAAAUCUCGAGUUAUAACGGACAUCAGCUCAAACUCUUUAUUCGCUGUGCCUAUCAAUCAAGAAUUCGUUUAUAUUCACGAAUACGGCGUAAAAGAGUCACCGCUUACAAAUCUAUCAAACCGUAGGCAGUCCUCUAGGAAAAAAUCUCAGAAUUCAUUUGCGUCAGAGAUCAGCAGUGAUGAGAAUUGUAUUCACAAGAGUUUAGCGGAUUUCGUAACAGAGCACGUCCACGUAGCUUCAACAACUGGUUUUAAUGAUAAUGCUAGGAAGUAUCAGGGAAAUAGCUACUUUGAACUACCAGAAUGUUCAAAGUGGCUUGAGAUAAGCCAGUUAUUGUACAAUAUUUUUAUCAAUGAAGAGGUAGCCAAUAUGCAUAAAAACUAUUUUGAAAUAGAGAUGAGAAAACCCCUCUCUAUGUUUAGUUCAUUUAGUAAAAAUAAUUGCGAAAGUGCUUAUCCGUCGGCCGUAAAUAUUUAUAAAGAAAAGCUACCCAAAUACUACACAAAGCAAACACAUGAGAGCAAACUAAAUACUGCUAUAGAAUAUAUGAAGAAGACAUGUCGUGGACCGGAACUAAACACUUUCUUACAACGUUUAACUGACGAAUGUACUGGUAUGUGGCAAAAGGAAAGGAGGCUUUGCGAAGCCGUGAGUAUUAGUGGAAGAGCGUGCAAUAAGAAAGCUCAUAGAAGCCCUGCAGAUAAGAUAACGGAAGAAAACAAACAAUGGCCUGUUUCGGAUCAUUCAAACGAUGUUCAUACAAGAGCUUUUUGUAAUUGUGGUAACACUUGUGCUGACAAACCAGAUCCUUUUGAUAUUAAAUUCGCUAACAAGCUAUUUUAUGAUAAUUUGGAGAAGAAUUGCUGUCAGAGUAUGGUUCAUCUUAAUCUACCCGUAUUUCAACCAUCAGUCACAGAGCCAAAAGUUUUUAAGCUAAGUAAGGCUGAUGAAGGUGGGGAACCGCAACAAAAUUUAAGCGAAGUUGAUGCUUCUACAACCUAUAAUCUCGAUUUGUCUCAACCGUCUUUAUCAAGAAUGGAUGAACACUCUGAUUUAGCGGAAAAUCAGAACGCUGAAAGCGAAAAUCAGAACGCUGAAGGCGAAAAUCAAGAAACUGAAUUUUUUAAAGAACCAUCUACCAAAGAGGUUGAAAGGCAACAUUCAACUACGGAAUAUCUCAAUGGAAUGUUACAUACUAAAUCCCCCGGGUCUCUACUUCCAUUGUUUCCGAGCUUUUCUCUAUUAAAAGUUGGUAAUUACUCUUGGUACGAUCCUAAUGUCGGACUUCGGCAAACAGGAUUUAUUCAGAAUUCUUUCCUUUGCUUUUGGGAUGUUAGAAAUCCCAGAGGGGCAGACCAAGCAAAUCGGUCAACCGUUUGGAAAAAUUAUGGAUCUUCCAAUACGCAUGAAGUUAAGCUUUUUUUAGGCAACGAAUAUGAAUGCGCAUUAGGUCAUCGAUUUUUUGCUCAUCACCCGGAAAAGAUAUUCAAAUCGCAAACUCUCAGGAAAGACAACGCUCGAAAAAUAUUAAAUUCUGAUGUUCCUUUAUACUUUCCCUGCCCUUGCAAGACUGAGGAUUCCGGUAAUGUUGCAGUAGCUCAAUUAAUGAGAGUUUGGGUUGCUAUACCAAAAGCUCCCGUGCAUGUCUCAUUAAACCCAAGAAUACGUCCAGGGCCUGAAGAUGGAACACCUACUUUUGUUUUAUCAAGAGACGGUCCAAUUGAUUUAACUCAUGAUGCAGUUUGGGUUCUUAGAUUACCGCAUUUAUAUAGUAGCGACGACGUGAAUUAUUUGUGCUCUUCGUCUACAAUGAAUUCAUGCAGAGUAUUGAAGGGAAUGUUUAAUAUUUCAAGAAUAGCGUAG